AUGCCCCUCCAGUUCCCCUCCGUCAGACUGCCUCCCAAACCAAAGUUUCUUCAUGGCAUCCCCUCCAACAGCAUCCGCAUAAUUGCCAUUCUCAUCACCGUCAAUAUAUUGGUAUGGAUCGUCGUCGCCAUCGUCCUGCAUUUCCAUCCGGCUCUCAUCUCGUCCGCUGCGCUUUCAUAUGCCCUGGGUCUUCGUCAUGCUCUCGACGCAGACCACAUCGCGGCCAUUGACCUCAUGACGAGGCGGCUCAUUGCUUCAGGGCAGCGCCCAGCCACUGUAGGGACGUUUUUCUCGCUCGGCCACAGCACAAUUGUUAUCAUUACGUGUAUCGUCGUGGCGGCGACGAGCGGCGCAUUAAGAGAACGCUUUGACGGGUUUCAACGAGUGGGAAACAUCAUUGGCACGAGCGUCAGCGCGGCCGUUCUCAUCAUCUUGUGCUUGGGCAACGGAUGGGUGCUUUAUAAGCUGGUCAAGAGGCUGAAAGAAGUUCUUGCGCAGCGGAGGAUCGGCGAUGGCGAUGCUUUGGACGAGGAAGACGCUGCUGCGGCACAGGCGAACAACCAGCUUCAGCUCACGGGAGGCGGGUUCAUGACACGGCUUUUGAAAGUGUUCCUCAAGACGAUUGAUCGGCCGUGGAAGAUGUAUCCGCUAGGCGUGGUUUUUGGGCUCGGGUUUGAUACGAGCUCAGAGAUUGCUGUUUUGGGGAUUGCGAGCGUCCAGGCCGUGCAGGGGACGAGCAUCUGGCUGAUUCUCAUUUUCCCUAUUCUGUUUACAUCUGGCAUGUGCCUGGUAGACAGCACUGACGGGGCGCUGAUGAUGGCGCUCUACACGUCCAAGGCCUUUUCACGAGACGUCGUUGCCAUUCUGUAUUACUCCAUCGUCCUGACUGGCAUCACCGUUGUGGUUUCUGCUUUUAUCGGCAUCAUCCAGGUCCUGUCGCUGGCACAAAACGUGGCAAACCCGACGGGCCGCUUCUGGGACGGCGUCUCGGCUGUUGGAGAUCAUUUUGACAUUAUUGGCGGGAGCAUAUGCGGGCUUUUUGUCAUUGUUGGGAUCGGAUCUGUUUUGGUCUACGGGCCGUGGAGGAGGCGGGUGGAGAGGAGGAAUCGGGAGGUGUUUGUUGUGGGAGCGGAUGAGGAUGAUGUUGAAGAUGAGAGGGAGGAUGCGUUGCCGAGGGCGUUGGAGGAGCAGGCUCCGGAUCCAAAGACGGCGAGUACGAGUACACGAGUUGCGGAUUGUUAG